CAAACGUCUUUCACGCCCUGCACACGUCACGUGUUUGGUCAGCUAAGGGCGGAACAAGAGGGCGCACGGCUAUAUUACGCACAUCAUGUCAGACAAGCAAGAACGACGACGGAAGGAUGAGGCGGUGCGAGCGACGAUCAUGCAGAAGCUCAUAGAGACCGGGGAGCGCGAGAGGCUCAAAGACCUCCUGCGAGAACGUCUCAUCCAGUGCGGAUGGCGGGACGAGCUCAAGGAGCACUGCAAGGAGAUCAUCCGAGGCAAAGGGUUGGAGAAGAUAUCUGUCGAUGAGCUUGUGGACGAAAUAACUCCGAGAGGCAGAGCAACGGUUCCCGACGAUAUCAAAGCCGAGCUGCUGCAAAGGAUAAGGAAGUUCUUGCAAUCGACAUGAUUUCGGUUGAUCGCGAAAAGCCUGCUCGGCUGCUGAUUGGUUUAUUGUUUUUUGUGUAUUGUAUGCAUAUAUAUGUUUCUUGUUCCUGCUCACGGCCACUAGAGAAAACAUCUUGCUGGAGAACACAUGUGCCUGCGUUUUGUUGUUUCCGCAGGCACGUGGCGUUGAUUUGUUCGUCAUGUGAGUGCUUGGCUGUAGCAAUGUGAGAUAGAGAGGCACGUCCAUGAAAGUGCAAUUUGUCCGAGCAAAACGUAGAGGAUAGUCGUUUUAGGAUAGUCCACCCCUGCAACGCAGUACAUUUGUUUUCAGCUUGGUUGACCGGGACUUUCCUUGCGGGAUCAUUGUUGAUGGCGCACGUGAGGCCUUUUUC